AUGCCAAAUGAAUCCAAUAAUUAUUCAACAAGAACAUUUAAUGAAGAUUAUCCAAAUUCAUCUCGCAUUGUAGCUACAUAUGUAUCAGGUAGUAUAACAUUUGUGUCAUGGUAUAAUAUAAUAUCAUUGGGGCAUUAUUCUACUAAGGUUGUUAUGACACAAACAAAUUCAAUUGAAGGAAGACAAUGUUGGAUACCCAAUAAUUACAUUGUCAAAACUGAAAUGGGAAAGAGAAAGCUUCAUUGUGAAAUAAAGUAUACUUCAAAUCAAAGAGUCAAAUAUUUUAUUUUUUGGAAAGAAAAUAGUGCCAAGUGGAUUGUUUAUAGUGAAAAAUCACUACUGAAUGUUGGUCAAAAAGCAACAAAACUUUCAGGUCCUCAAAUUUUUGGAUUAGAUAUUGGAAAAUUACAUCAAUUUCGACUAGAAAUUUCCAAUAAAUCUAUAACUUCUAGAAAAAGACCUCUUUCUCUUAUUCAAUCUAAAUCUGGACAAAGUAAACAUUUUACUGCUUUUGGGAAAGGGUCAGAACAAAAUCUACAUCCUUAA